CCUCUCCUCAUCCUCUGAACUCUCAUCUGUCAGCAGUAAGGUCAUUUUACAAGUUCAAAUAACACUGACAAGAUGCUGGGGACUCUCUGCACUCUCAUUACUGCUCUAACAUGUGUGAGCGGUGCGACGGUGGUGACACAGACACCUCCUGUUGUGACAGUGAGGAAAGGAGAGACAGCCACCAUGGACUGUAACCUGGGGACUGUUGAUAAUACCGCUUACUGGUAUAAACAGAUUCCAGCAGGCGUUCCUCAGUGGGUGCUGUAUUUCUAUCGUACCUAUGGUUCACCAAGCUACGGUUCUGGGUUUUCAUCUCCAAAGUUCACAUCAACUCAUCAGUCAUCAACAGGCUAUCGUUUAAUCAUCAACAAUGUAGAAGAGCGAGACUCUGCAGUUUAUUACUGUAAAACAUGGGACAGCUCUGUGAAUGAAUACGUAUUCGGACCGGGAACCAAGCUGAUUGUCACAGGUUCCAGUCUCCCUCCUCCUGUCCUGACCGUUUUCCCUCCAUCCAAGGCUGAGCUCCAGUCCAACAAAGCCACUCUGCUCUGUCUGUCCAGUUUGUCCAGUGAAUCUAAAGGUUUUGCUGAUGUCAGCUGGUUGGUUGAUGGGAGUCCAGUGAGCAGUGGGAUCUCUACCAGCACUGCUGUUCAGAGACCAGACCAGACUUUCCACAUCAGCAGUUCUCUGUCCAUCCAGACGUCAGACUGGAACAUGAACAAGGUUUACGCCUGUAAAGUGUCUCUGGGCUCCCAGGCUGCAGAGAAAACCAUCAACAAGUCAGGAUGUCCUGCUGAAGAAUAGCAGAAGAUCAUAAUCAUCAUUUAUAAUCUGCUUUUUAUUCAGUUUAUUCUUUACAAGACUUAGAAAACUUGCUUCUCUAUUUAGUGUGCUUAACAACUAUUGUUCUCUUGGCUUUCUUUUUCAUUAAUAAACUACAGUUACAUUGGAAA